AACUUACCAAGAAUUGGCUCUUGAGCCAUUCUCAGGUUCAUUUUGAAUCGAUUGGAGGUAAAGAAGAAUGUGGUUCCAGUAACCAAUCAAUCAAAUCCCCAUUUCUGAGACUCACAGGCGACAUUAGAAUGGACCAGCCAGGUGUUGUAUCAGAGGGGAUCAAUCAAAUGGAACUGAUCCAACAAUCGCUUAUAUCUGGCCUUCCAGAUGACAUUGCUCUCUUUUGCCUGGCUAGGGUUCCCCGGAAGUAUCAUACACUCCUAAAGUGUGUUUCAAAAAGAUGGAGAGACUUAGUGUGCAGUGAAGAGUGGCAUUCUUACCGUCAAAAGCACAAACUUGUUGAGACUUGGAUCUAUGCUUUGUGUCGAGACAAGUUGGACCGACUUUGCUGUUAUGUGUUGGAUCCCAACUCAUCAAGAAAGUCAUGGAAGCUUGUUCAUGGACUUCCGCCUCGAGUCUUGAAGAGAAAAGGCAUGGGUUUCGAAGUGCUGGGAAACAAAGUUUACCUGUUGGGUGGUUGUGGUUGGUGUGAAGAUGCUACCGGCGAGGUCUACCGUUAUGAUGUUUCCCUGAACGCUUGGAGUGAAGCUUGUCCAUUAUCCACUGCUAGGUGCUAUUUCGCCUGUGAAGUAUUGGAUGGAAAAAUAUAUUCCAUUGGUGGUUUAGGUUCAAAUUCAAGCGAUCCACAUUCUUGGGACAUCUAUGACCCUUGCACGGAUAGUUGGAAAUUUCACUCUGACCCAAACAUUGUCCCUGAAAUUGAGGAUUCUGUGGUCAUGGGUGGGAAGAUCUACAUUCGCUGCGGGACUUCUGCUGUAACUUCUCAUGUGUACGCUGUUGUUUAUGAACCAUCAAGUGGCACAUGGCAGCAUGCAGAUGCCGACAUGGUUGCCGGCUGGCGGGGUCCAGCAGUUGUCGUAGAUGGGACCCUCUAUGUGUUGGAUCAGAGUUCAGGAACCAGGCUGAUGAUAUGGCAGAAGGAGUCUAGGGAGUGGAUUCCUGUUGGGAGGCUGUCAUCCUUGCUCACCAGGCCGCCCUGUCAACUUGUAGCUAUUGGGAAGAAAUUUUACGUUGUAGGAAAGGGGCUUAGCACAGUCAUGUUUGAUGUUGAGAAUGCAGGGAAUAUGGAAGGGGUGAUGGUUAGUUCUUCAAUACCUAAAUUGAAUUCUGAUGAUGAUGUAAUCAGCUGUAAAUGUUUAUCAAUUUGAUGUGAAAUUAUUGUUGCCGAAGGAGUCUUGGAAAACUACCAUUGUAUAAUAUCUUCAGUGUACAUGCUUGGAUGUAUUUGGAUAUCUCAUAAAAAUGAAACUAUUUAUAAGAAUUUUUGGUUUACCAUU